UCACGGAAGAAAAAGUAAACGGAAGUAAGCUUUGAACAAGAACAAUCUUCACGUUAGCGUUUUUGUUAGAUUCAUUAACACAAUGAAACUCAAACUGUGACUCAUUUAACUGCACAGUAUCACAUACUUGUCCCAGGUAGUCUUUCAUUUGCGUUGGAGACAGGACUUAGUUGAUAGAUGUUAUCUAGGUAACGUUAGCUGUUAACAAUGGCUAACUGUAUGGUUUUUCACACUCAAAUAGCCUCCAUCAUGGAGGUUCUAGCGAAUGCAGCCGUGGCAGAGAUCUGUAAACUCGUAGACGACGACUAUGCAGUGUUUCGUUUAGAAAUUUCUCAAAGCCAGAAAGAAAACAAGGGAUUGCGGAGGAAACUACAGUUAAUAGAACUGAAGGUGGCACGGGAGCGCGCAGAGAGGACAACGCGAGAUCGCGUCCUCGCCAGUCGUCCCAGUAGUGUCAAGAUCCUCGACCGAUACAGAGGAAUGGCAAAAGGUGAAGGACAUCUCACUGGAGGUCACAGGAACUUUGUGAAGCCAGCAGGACACAAUAUAUGGAGAGAUGACCAACCAAUCACUGUUGAUGGGGGGAGUGGAACCUCAACCCAGCAUGUUAUUGUGAUAGAGUCUGCAGAUGCAGAGGCUGCAGGUCCUGGAGUCAAGCAGGAGAGAUCUGAAGGAGAAGAGGACCCACGGCACAGCAGAGACAUUCAGACUGGAGCAGCUGAAUCGCCCCCUGUAGCUACAGAGAACCCCACCACCGCCCCAGCGCAGCCCAGGACCCAACGCAGCAUCACGGCGAUCAGUGGAACGCCGGAGGAGGGUCCAGAAGUGGUGCUGGUGAAGGAGGAGGGAUAUGAGGAGGGUCUGGGGAACCUUGAGGGGACCAUGGUCAUGGAGGACAACCAGACUUCACCUCUUGACCCCACAGAGGAACCAUCUGAGCAGCACAGGACCACACACAGUCUCACUGAGUCAGUACACAUGGAGGAUGGGAAGCCUGAUCUGCUGCUGGUCAAAGAGGAGACAGUAGAAGAUGGACCAGAGAGCAUUGAUUUGAUGAGUGGACUAAAAAUGGGGGAGCAAAGUGGUUGGCUGGAAGCUAACAGAGGAGACUGGGAAGCCAUCUUGGAUUCCCAGACCCAGACGUGUGCAGCCAAGAGCCCGGGGGACAACAUCACUGAGCAGGCCAGGACGAGAGGUGACAUAAUGGAGUCUGCAGUCCAUGAAGACCAACUGAUACACGGUGUUGCUGGCGGGAGAGACUGGACCUCUGAAGCUGCUGGUCACAAACCCUGGCCCCGGAUCAGGACCCUGGAUCAAGAGCCGUCACUCUUCCUUUCCGAGUCGGAACCAGGACCCAACCGCGGGGGACAGAGACUCCACCACAACCACUACAUAGAACACAACCAGUGGACAGGUGGACUGAACAACAACAGUCCUGGUGGUCAUCAGAGAGACAGAGGCUCCAGUCUGCAGCCCAGACCCUUCUCUUCACAGUCUCAGUGCAGGGAUGGAGCAGGGCCUGGGGAUGAUAGAGAUAGACCCUCCUGUUCCUAUGAUACAAACACCACAGUAUCCAUGAUGAACAGAGCAGGUCACCCUGGGCUUCAGCCUUCACAGAGAGUAGUGGGAGAUGCCCCUGGUGGGAGUCUAACAGGAAGUCUGUCUUCCUCUUCAGGAUCUCGCCUAAUGCCUGGUGACUGGGUUCAUAGAAAGCCUGGCUCUAGCCUUCCUCAGUUACCUCAUGGUUACCCCACGAAUAUAGACAGGGUCAGGAUGGGCGUUCACCACGAGCGGUACCUAGCCUGUAGCACAGCACACAAUCCCAACAACACCCAAACAAUGGCUAGAGGUCAAGGUGGGAGCUCAAAGACUAACCACCUGAGGGUGGUGUCUCCUGCUUCUACCUCUGGUGUCAUUGGGUCACAACGUGUGAGGCCAAGCGUUAGGAUGGACGCCGGCAAAACGUAUGCCUGCCCCACCUGUCAGAAGCGCUUCGCUCAUGCGAACUAUGUGAAGAGGCACCAGGCCGUUCACACCAAGGACAAGCCCUUCAAGUGCAAACUAUGUUACAAGAGCUUCUCCUUCCUGACUAGCCUUAUCAGACAUAGGAGUGUCCACAACGGGGAGAAAUCGUAGCAGUGUGGCUUGAGAUGUACGCAGGGGAUGUCUGUGAACUAUUCUUUAAUUUAAUUAUUAUAAUUAUGUCUAGUGUCUUGGGGUAAGAGGGUAAUUAACCACAUACCCCUCAUUAACCUUUUGUUAACCUGCUAUUUGAAAUUGGAUUGUAAAUACCUGUUUUUAUGAGAGUUGCUAACACACUGCUUUCUAAACAAGUCUUCUCUCAGCUUUAAAGACAGUGAUAAUAAGAGAUUUGAAUUGCAUUAUAAUAAGCAGAUCUGGAGCCCAGAUCGAGGGAGAUUAUCAGUGGUCUUGUAUGUCUUCCAUUUCCUAAUAUUUGCUCCCACAGUUGAUUUCUUCCCAGCCUGGUGCAGGUCUACAAUUUUGUUUCUGGUGUCCU